GUUAUAUUACAUAUCCAGCAUAAAAGUAAGUUAAUAUUUCUUAAAUUAUAAUUUCUAUUCUAUUAUGCAUAAAAUACAGAAAGAAAACAAAUUCACAGCAUCGCGUGAAAUAGUCCUUACGAAAAAAGCUAAGCAGAGAUUUAAAAAAUAAAAAAGAAAUUUUACCAAAGAAACAAAAAAGAUAGUAGAUAUUGGAUGCGAGCGAAGUACACAGAAGACGCUCCCACUCCAGUUCGCUUUACCUUUUCGUAUUUCCAUUUUACAUUAAUUUAAAUUCCAAUUUAGAAUUUUGAACCGCCGCUUCUCCCUAAUUCAAAAACACUCACAAGAAAAAGACCUACUCUACGCUUCCGCCACUGCCAAUCUCCUCCGAUCCAAAUCCACUCCGAGCUGAUCUCCGAUAUGGAAGAUUCCGAGUUGCUCAACAACAACGACACCCAAGCCAGACGCCUCAGCCUCAUCGACGUUUCCUGCGAGGAUGAUUCCCUCAUCGACUCUUUCGCCUCAGACUUCAAGUUCUCAGAAGGCCAAGAUAACAGAAACCUUGAGUUGUUUGGGGGUGUUGCUGCUAACAAGUUAGAGGUUGUUCCUGAAAACCUUGAGCUCAAUGACCAAGUUAUUCAACCGUCAGAGUCGCUGGAACCAGAAGUGACAAAGAAGAGGGGAAAGUAUAACUUGCGCGAAAGUAUAGCUUGGAAUAGUGCUUUUCUCACCGGUCCAGGUGUUCUUGAUGCCGAGGAGCUGUCUAGCAUGAUUGAAGGAGAUACGAGUGAAACAAGGAUGUUACCUGGGAUUCAGGAAGAAAUUUACAGGUCCACUGAUACAAGCUCCACCUUAGAAAGUGACACUUUGACACUAGAAAGUGUUGAGGCCAGUUUGUUUGAAGAUGUGAGAGCUUCAAUCCAGAGAUCAAGCAAUGCAUCAAAAGUAGUGGAUGAAAGUAUUAAAGUGGGUUCAGGAGUUACAGAAGACAGGAGUACCUGUGCUUCAAAGGGAGUGGAUUUUGCUUCUCAAGAUAAGGCGAGGCCUAGACUUCCUUCUAAGAAGGCAAGCAUCGAUGUACAAAAACCAGGGAUGUUGAAAAGGCAGGCUUCUAGAUGUCCGCAGGUCUCACAGUCUGUUUCCACAAGUGGAGAGGCAAGUAAAUCUCUUUUGAAGCGACCAAAGGUAUUAGGGAAGCCUAAUUGUAGCUCAGCAGCAUUAACCAAGAGAGCUUCUACGGGCGGUCCCCUUGUCAAAAUUGAAAAGGAUAAUGUCAACAGCACAACUGGUAGAGGGGCUCCAGUGUCAAAAGCACCAUUAAGUUCCCGAAUUGUGCCUAAGCCCAGACCACCAUCUAAGACUUCCUCCUUGGGUGCUUCUCCUGCAACCAAGAGAGAAGUAGGUUCUUCCUCAUUUGAUGGUUCUCGCAGUACUGCAUCCAACAACAGUAGUAAAUCUCCCUUCAACUUCAAAAGGAAAACUGAUUCCAGGACUGAUAUUACUGUUAAUACACCUUCCUCUGGUUCAACCUCCAAGACAUCACCUCGAAUUGAACCGAAAAAUAAAAAUCGGUCUGGGAACUCUCUUAUCUCAUCUAAUAUGAUUCCUGCGACGAAGCUGCUCUCUAGUAUAUCACCUGCCAGUUCUGUCAGCGAAUGGUCCUCAGAGUCAUCAAGAGCUAGCCUCGACACGAUCUCUCUUAAAAGUGGCUCUGUAGAUUUUGAUGCACCUCUGAUUUUGGAUUUGCAGAACUAUGGUAAGGAUCUAAGCUCAGUUGGAUAUGAGACUCAGGCAACUGGACUGCUCCGCAGAUCUGUGGUGAACGCCUCUAUGGAGAGAAAUGGUGCACUUCCUCCAAAUUCAAAACCUUCUGGACUGCGAUUGCCAUCACCAAAAAUUGGCUUCUUUGAUGGGGCGAAGUCAGCUGGAUCCACUCCUAAUGGAAGUAAGCAACCUCAUCCUCUCGUUCCUAGUAGCUCGCCUAAAUUUGGGAUGGGAACUGUUAGGCUGAGUGGGGGCCAAAGCAAGGGAAAUCUGGGAAAACUUCAACCUCCUAGAACUGUGACGAAGGUGGGCAGUAAAAAACCUGAUACUCAACAGACGGCCUUUAGUAUGAAACCUACAUCUUCAGUACCAGUUCAGCAUUCAUUAAAUGCUGCAAAGAAAGUCCUGACUCCUUCAAGGAACAGCAUAUCUUCCAAAGUUGAUAGUAAAGUUCCUGCUAAAUCUGGCAUAGAAAAUCAGUUGAAGGAUGAGAAAAGUGCAACUGAAGAACAUGGCAUUGACAUCAAGGAGCAAGAGAACUGUUUUGCAGAGAAGAAAAAUGGUGUUGCUCUUUCAAAAGAUACAGUGAAUCCAGAACUGAAGGGUAGUCCUGUAAAGGCUGCAAAAGUGACUCCUGUUGAUGGAGAGUCUACUAGUCUCUGUGAGUCAAUCUCCACUUCUGAUGCUGACAAAAUAAUUUUUUCUGAGAAAGUGAGCAAAGUUGCAGCAUUGGAACUACAUAAUGUGAAGCGCGAUUCACAUAGCCUGAAUGCUUUUAAGGAGAGGAAAGAAUCACAAAUUGAAGAGCAGGUUCACGACUUGAGCAGUCAAGUUGGAGCUAUGGACAUAAGCGCAGAGACUCAGCAAAUGCUUUUUGGUGAGUCUCUAGAGGGAAGUCAAUUUCAGCAGUGAAGAUAGCCAUGGAAUAGUGCAAAUGUGCAGAAGCUGUACUUUACUUAUAUAGGAUUCAAAUGGAUGAAGUCCUUCCAUAAAAUUUCCAGAUGUUGAUAUUACCAUCUUGUCUCCUGAUGGUGCAUGGUUAAUGGUAUGCCCGAAGUUGGACUUGUUCAAUAGUGUCUUGUAGGACUUUGCAAUUGCACCUGUCCCCCAUUUUUAUUGUAAAUUUUGUUAUUUUAGUGCACAUAUAUUCAAAAAUGCCCUGUAACAGGCAAUUAAUGGUUGUGUGUUAUUAAUAUAUGGUUAGUAUUUCUAAUU